AUGUCUUCUCAUUACACUUCUGUGGGCUACUCCAUGCCUCUUCCCGUCCCCUCCAAGGGCUCGCAAUACCCCACCUACAGUCAAUAUUCUGUCUCGCCUCCGGAAUGUGAUGACUCGGUUAGCUCCGCCUCGGGCAUCCCCUCUUACAGCAAUGGUGGGUACUCGGCUACCUCGUCCGGCUACACUGGCGCAUACGGCGAGUAUGAAAGCACUCGCUCUGCUAGCGGCGUGGACUUCCAGGAGUACAUGCAGGACCGCUUUGCCAACUCCUUCGACCCAAUCCCUCUUGACCGCAGCAUGGCCAUGCAAGCUCAGACAUCCGGAAAGAUGAACGCCAAGCACCGAGAACUCAUGGAGCUGCAGAAGAAGGCGCAGGCUCGUCUUGCGAAGACGCGAGAGCGCUUCCAGGAGGGUAUGCGCGAUGCUCAUGAGGUCCGCAGCGACCUUGAAUGGACACAAAAGAAAGUCAGCUCGCUUAAGACCAAGGCUUCUCGCAAGCAUGGCAAGGAGUACAGCAAGGCUCGCGCCCGAUACCCAUCUCCUGAGAACUAG